AUGCCAGGUGUAGCGAAACUGUUGGUCCCAGGGACUUUGUUGUUUGUGUUUUUCCAGACGUUUUCCGUGUCGAGCAAUCAAUUGACGUCCUUUCUGCCCGAUCGAACACUGCAAGGCGACAAGAAUAACAAAGCACAAUCAGCACAACCAGUACAACAACCAGCUAUACCACGCUACUUGGAAGUGAAGCAGCAACAAUCGAAAAAGUCACAACAACAAUCUAAACAAGAAGAUAAACAAGAAGAAGAACUACCAAAACAACAACCAAAAGAAGAACUACCAGAAGCACCCAAACCCGCUCCUACCAUUGACACGACAUCGUGGGGUGUCUGCACAUCGACUUGCAAAGAGUUGUUUGCCAUUGACCUCGGAUUUGAUCAAGACACGGCAUUGGAUACCAAUUCCAAAGAAGACUUUUUGGGACCUUGGAAAUCCUGUCGCUGCGGUCGCUUCUUUUGUACCAAACCGGACGAUCUCCCGGAAGGCGAUCAACGCGACCUCGCCAAGAAACAAAAGAAUCCAUUCGACUUGAAGACAUGUGUCUGGAACCACCACGCCAUUACGUUACUCGUCGAUUUGGUCUCGGCGAGUCAGACGAUGUGUACGGCCCCGGAAGUACAGAAAUACUUUCUCAGUGAAGAAUGGGAACGCUACAAUUUUGGCGACAUGUUCUUUGGACGCGGCGUUUGGGCCGGCGAGAAUUAUCACAAACAACCCAAAAAGUCUGGCAGUCUCAUGGAAGCUCAUUACGAAGCCAACAUGGAGCAUAUUAAGAAAACGGGAAAGAAAAAGGGCAAGAAAAAGUAUCAAGUCUUAUAUGGCGUCAUGAAACAAACCGUCGAAGCCAUGGCCGACGACAAUUUGCGAUUCGAUCUCAAUAUCGAUCUGCCGCCGCCCAAAACGCUGGUCGUCCAUUUGCGAUUGGGAGAUGUCAUUGAUUCCGCCGUCGAAAACGUCCAGGAAUUACUCGAGGAACAACAAUACUACUUUCGACGCAAGGAUAACAAACAGGGAUCUUGCUGUGAUGAUCCCUGGGUCAAACCCAAACAUUUGCCGUACCGUCAAGCAUGGAAUGCCUACGUCAAACCACUCUCCUACUUUACCCAACAAAUUCAACAACUGGCACAAGACAACAACAAGAACAACAACAACAACCAUGAGUUUACACACAUUGUCAUUAUGGGAGCCGCCCACAAGGGACAAGAUUUGCCCGCGGAUUUUCAAACGGCCGAUCGCAGUUGUCUCUACACGAAUGCCCUCCAUCAUUACUUUCAAAAGGCAUUCCCCAAAGCAACCGUCACACAACGAUUGGGACAACCGCCCGACAGUGAUGUCCUGUACGCGAGUUUAUCGGAUGGAUUCAUUCAAUCGGGGGGUGGCUAUUCGCAACUGCUCGCGAGUUUUCAGCAAAUGAUGAAACCCGUUGCCACAUCGCAAGAAUUUCAACAGACCCGUGCCAAAUUCAAGAAACGACAGCAUGCCAUUCAAAGCAGUCUGCAAGGACAACGAUUUUCCUUUUCCAAACUAUCCGCCAAAGAUACCGCUCUCCCGUGGGUUGUCAAGAAAGACAACUCCAAGAAAUCCUCCAAACAGGAGGAGGCAACCACCACAACUACAGAUGCCCCACAACAACAAAGAAAUCGACGCACCAAGCGAAUCGUUCAAAACAAACCACCCAAAAAGGUGCGUCCCGUACAGAAUACGGGGCCGCUGGUUGCAUCGUCGGUCCGGGCCAAUGGCAUUGGCAGCAAACCGCAAGCCAAGUGA